AUCACGUUCGAUGUGCGGGAGCCAUAAUUCGCGGCAUCGCGGCGUCGGGUACGUUGGAGUUUUUCGAACGUUUGGUUAUAACUUCGUACAUAAAUCCCGCCAUCUCCGCAGCUUUGCUAGCUGCCAGUUACCGUUGCGGCGAUCGAGUUUCGCUAUUGCUCCGUAUAUCGAACUGUGUAAACUUUGGAGGACAAGAAGAUGUGAUAACGCUCAUGUUAACCACAUGUCUUCUGAAUGUUUUGUUCUUUAACGGUUACAUUGCGAGUGUCAAUUCUAAUUUUACAUCGGAUAGAUCUCACAACCGCGUGCGUGGAUAAACUCAAGCACGAACAAUGGCAAACGUGACUCUGGAUAAGGAUAUGUUUUUCCGACGCAUGAAGCGUCUGUAUGCUGCUUGGAGGGAUGGAGAAGUCGGUACCGAUGACAGUUUCAGUAAGAUGGAUUGUUUAAUUUCCGCUGUUGGCACUGAUGAGGACAUUGUUUACAGCAAGUCCACGGCAUUACAAACAUGGUUGCUCAGCUAUGAGCUUACGGAUACAAUAAUGAUUUUGACGGAAGAGUCUAUUAAUUUCUUAGCCAGUAAAAAGAAAAUUGAAUUUCUGAGGAAAGUAGAAAAUCAGAAAACUGAGGAUACAGAAGUACCACCUGUAAAACUAUUUGUGAGAGACCGAAGCGAUGAAGACAAAGCCAAUUUUGCCAAACUCAUUGAAGUGAUAAAGCAGAGUAAAAAAGGCAAAACGUUAGGGGUGUUUUCGAAAGAGAACUACCCGGGUGCGUUUAUGGAUGCAUGGAGAGCUGCUUUGAAAAACGAAUCAUUUGAUACAAUCGAUAUAAGUGCUGCCACUGCAUAUAUUAUGUCUCCAAAAGAGGAUAGUGAGAUACUUACUAUAAAGAAAGCUUGUCUGGUAUCUGUGGACGUUUUUACAAAGUAUCUCAAGGAUCAAAUAAUGGAGAUUAUAGAUUCAGAUAAGAAAGUGAAACACUCAAAAUUGGCAGAAGGUGUAGACACAGCUAUCACAAAUAAGAAAUAUGUAACUGGCGUAGAUAUUUCGCAAGUGGAUAUGUGUUACCCCGCUAUUAUACAAAGCGGGGGAAACUAUUCUCUCAAAUUCAGUGCUGUCAGCGACAAAAAUACUACUCUUCAUUUUGGUGUUAUUAUCUGUUCAUUGGGAGCUCGUUACAAAUCCUACUGUUCGAACAUAGUGAGAACUCUUUUGGUUAAUCCUACUAAAAUGAUCGAGGAAAAUUAUAACUUUUUAUUGCAACUCGAAGAAGAGAUUUUGAAAAAGUUAGUCGCGGGAGCAAAAAUAAGUGAAGUAUACGAAGCCGGCAUUAAAUUUGUAAAAGAUGAGAAACCAGAAAUGCAAAAUCACCUCACGAAGAAUUUUGGUUUUGCAAUGGGUAUCGAGUUUAAGGAAAGUUCUUUAUUAUUGGGUCCGAAAACUCAUGCUACUCUUAAGAAAGGCAUGGUAUACAACGUUAACGUUGGACUCGCAAACCUUACGAAUCCAGAUGCAACGGACAAAGAAGGGAAAAUGUACGCUCUUUUCGUCGGCGAUACCGUUAUUGUGAAUGAGGGUCAACCUGCUACUAAUUUAACACCAUCGAAGAAGAAGGUGAAAAAUAUCGGCAUAUACGUGAAGGACGAUGAAGAUGAUGAGGAAGAGGGUAGCGGUAAAGAAAAUGAGCGAAAGCCUGAGAUUCUGGGACGCGGUAAAAGAACUGCUGUGAUAGAAUCAAAAUUGAGAACCGAGCACAGUUCGGAAGAGAAGAGGAAGCAGCAUCAGAAGGAGUUGGCGCAACAGUUGAAUAAAAUCGCUAAGGCUCGGUUGGCCCAGCAGUCUGGCGGUAAGGAACAGGAGAAAAUACGUAAAUCAACGGUAUCCUACAAGAGCCUGAAUCACAUGCCACGGGAACCGGAAGUCAAGGAAUUAAAGUUGUAUGUGGACAAGAAAUAUGAGACUGUGAUCCUACCUGUCUCCGGUAUUCCAGUACCUUUCCACAUAUCGACGAUCAAAAACAUUUCGCAAUCUGUAGAAGGAGAUUAUACGUAUCUUAGAAUAAACUUUUUCCAUCCUGGAGCAACAAUGGGGCGAAACGAAGGGGGAUCGUAUCCCCAGCCCGACGCAACAUUCGUCAAAGAAGUAACAUAUCGCAGCACAAAUACCAAAGAGCCCGGUGAGAUAUCCGCACCAUCGUCAAACCUGAACACGGCCUUCAGGCUAAUUAAGGAGGUUCAGAAGAAGUUUAAGAACCGAGAGGCGGAGGAAAGGGAGAAGGAAGAUCUCGUGAAACAGGAUACGUUAAUAUUAUCGCAGAAUAAGGGCAAUCCAAAGCUGAAGGACUUGUAUAUUCGUCCGAAUAUCGUCACGAAAAGAAUGACGGGUGGUUUAGAAGCGCAUACAAACGGGUUCCGGUACACUUCGGUCCGCGGUGAUAAAGUCGACAUUCUUUAUAAUAACAUUAAGAACGCUUUCUUCCAGCCAUGCGAUGGCGAAAUGAUUAUACUGCUUCACUUCCACCUAAAGCAUGCCAUCAUGUUUGGCAAGAAGAAACACGUAGACGUACAGUUUUAUACGGAGGUUGGAGAAAUUACUACAGAUCUGGGCAAACAUCAACACAUGCACGAUCGCGACGAUUUGGCUGCCGAGCAAUCGGAACGAGAACUGAGACACAAGCUGAAAACCGCUUUCAAAAGUUUUUGUGAAAAGGUUGAGGGUAUGACGAAGCAGGAGAUCGAAUUUGAUACACCAUUUCGAGAUUUGGGAUUUCCUGGUGCACCGUACAGAAGCACUGUAUUGCUUCAACCAACUAGUGGAUGCCUGGUUAAUCUCACAGAAUGGCCACCAUUCGUCAUUACGCUGGAAGACGUUGAAUUGGUCCAUUUUGAAAGAGUACAAUUCCAUCUAAAAAACUUCGACAUGAUUUUUGUUUUUAAGGAUUAUCAUAGGAAAGUAGCGAUGGUAAAUGCGAUUCCUAUGAACAUGCUGGAUCAUGUCAAGGAAUGGUUGAACUCGUGUGAUAUCCGAUACUCGGAAGGUGUUCAGUCUCUGAACUGGACAAAGAUUAUGAAGACUAUAACGGACGAUCCUGAAGGAUUCUUCGAUAGUGGAGGUUGGACAUUCUUAGAUCCCGAAAGUGAUGCUGAAAAUGAAGAAGUUGAAGAUGAGGAAGAGGAAGAGGAUGAUGCGUAUGAGCCAACUGAUAUAGAGAGUGAAGAAGAAUCUGAUGAUGAUUCUGAAUACUCGGAAGCUUCUGAGGAUUCUGACAGUGAAGAAGAAGAAUUAGGUAGCUCAGAAGAAUCAGGGAAAGAUUGGUCGGAUUUAGAACGAGAGGCGGCUGAGGAGGAUAAAGAGAGAGGAGAAGAUCGUUACCACGAUGAUUAUAGUUCUAAUAAGAAGAAGAAAUCAACCCGAAGACAAACCCUAUCUCCUUCGAAAGACAGGCACAACUCGAAGCAUAAGAGCUCCACGAGUUCAAAAAGUAAAAGUUCGUCCAGCAGUAAGGAUAAACGAUCGUCGGACAAGCACAGAACGGAUCGAUCACGGAGUGGGGGCUCGAAUAAGAGAGGGUCUCCUUCCAAAUCAUCCAAACACAGCCCCAAAAAGAGUAACAAACACGAUAAGCGUGAGAAAAGUAAGUCCUCGCAUUCUUCGUCCAGCAGUAAAAAACGUUCCCGUGAAGAUAGCUCGGAAAGGAACAAUAGAGGAUCUAAAAGAUCUAAGAAAUAAACGUGAAAGGUGCGUGCACAUUGAGAAAGGCAAAUUAAGAGGAAAUCACCACGCUGAUUCUAAGUAAAGCUUUCUUAUUUAAGAUAUAGCAAUUAGUUAGUUCAUAAGAAAAUAGUACAUUAUCUUGCAUUGGGUAAGCAAAGAAACAGCGAAUUAAUUUAUGUUACAUAACGAUUCAGAUAAAUAGUUUAUCAUUCAAAUGUGUUAUACUUUCAUACUUUUCUUAGUUUACGUUAAUCUACAAACACUUAUGUUAACAACGACAUUAACUCCGCAUAAUUUCUGCUUACACACAAAGCGUAUGUAAGAAUGAAAUAAAACUUUUAUAUAUUAUUAGAAUACGUAUGGGGACGUAUACUGUAUUUCAGUCUUCUUUUUCUUUUCCUUUAUGUUUCAUGAUUUCAACAUUUUAGUUUCUAGAUUAAGUAUCUCAUUCCAUCUUUUAUUGUGAGUAAUAUAAGAGCCACGUUAUAAAAGUAUACCUUCGUUCUAACAAGUUUCUGAUAAUACAUGUAGCGUAUAAAGAUACUGGAUUAGCGAGAUAAAUAAAAAAGGAAACUUUUAUACUGUAAGGAAGAAAGGUAUUUUAGGUAACUGUGAAAGCUUAUCUUAUGACGUGAUAUUUUUGAAACGCAUUCUAAUUUGUACAUUAGUAAUUUAUACAUUUACUGACAAGAAGUAUCCUAUAACAAAUAGAAUGACAUUAAUACAGAUAUUUCUAAUAAUGAUUAUUACAAAUUGUAAAGAAGAACGAUGACAAGAAUGCAAGACAAUGUACUAACAAGAAAUAUAAUUCAUCAUGUUGUGUGGACGCUGCUAGAACUUUUUGCGGUAUUUUAUUAAGGCCAUUUAACAUUGAGAUCGUUCUAUGUAUUUUAAAGUGUUUUAUUAUCGAAUUUUUAAUGCAUACGAUUAGAAAAUUACAUAACAUCUUAUGUGAGAGAAAAUAUGCUUUAUUUGACUAUUUUUUAUCUGCUUUGAUUACUUAGAGAGGUGGAAAUUCACCGCACUUACAAUUCCCCUCAUCGCACACAUGCGUUACGUUGAAAAAUGAAAAAGGAUAGAUUGAUUC